AGAGUUGGGAACAGCCCCCUAUUAAGUAGCAGAUUAUGUAGAGUCUUCCCACUUGGAAAAAGGCUUCUUAUCUGGGACCUCCGCAAGAGGAGCACUGAGUUUUCGUCUGUGCUUAGGCUACUUGAUUCUCCUCAAGUGAAACUUUUAUCCAUCAUUAGGCAGAAGAGGCAUAUCCAAAGAGGCUUUACUUUUUUAUAUUCUGAGACGAGAGAAAACAUCAUUUCCACAGCCUCAUUCAUGUUCUGCUGAGCCAGAGAAAGAGAGCGAGUCGAAAAUGAAGAUAAGGCUGUCUCUGGCAGCGGCUGCCUUCCUUGCAGUGCUACUAUCCUCCGUCGAGGCCCAAGUUGAACCACCUUCAGACUUGAGAUUUAAGAUUUUAAAUGAGAACACAGUACAAAUGACAUGGAAUGUUCCACUAACACGGAUAGAGGGAUUCAAGAUACAAGUGGCCUCAGAAACAGACGAACCAACAAAACAUGUAUCCCUCCCUGCCACUGCCACUAAGACCUCCAUCACAGAUCUGACGCCAGACAUGGACUAUGUAGUAACAAUCAUUGCAUACUCUGGAUCUGAGGAAAGUUUGCCCAUCUCAGGACAGCUCACAAUCCAAUCAAGUGGCACAGCACACGGAGGUCCCAGGAAACCACAGGUCAUAGACUCAGUCAAGUGUUCAUUCAGUGCCGUCACAGAUUUGGUGUUCCUGGUUGAUGGUUCAUGGAGCGCUGGAAGAGACUUUAAAUACAUCCGUAACUUCAUCUCUGCCAUGGCGGGUGCCUUUGAGAUUGGGGAGGACAAGACAAGGGUGGGCCUGGUCCAGUACAGCACUGAUACCAAGACAGAGUUUAACCUCAACCAGCACGUGAAAUGGGGCGAACUCCUCAGAGCCAUCAACACACUGCCUUACAAGGGUGGCAACACCAUGACAGGUGAGGCCAUGGACUAUUUGCUGAAAAACACAUUUACUGAGGCAAACGGUGCCAGGAAAGGCUUUCCCAAGGUGGCCAUGAUUAUCACAGAUGGGAAGUCUCAAGACCCUGUAGAGGCGAUCGCCAAGAAACUCAAGAACAUGGGGGUGGAGAUCUUCACCUUGGGGAUCAAAGGAGCAGAUGAGGACGAGCUAAAACAAAUGGCUUCAACCCCCUACAGGACGCACGUCUAUAAUGUUCUCAACUUUGACCUUAUCAAAAAUGUGCAGAAAGAGCUCAUUACCCAUGUGUGCUCGGGGGUGGACGAUCAACUCAACUCGCUCGUCAGCGGAGAGGAAGUUAUUGAACCAGCAUCAAACCUCAGAGUCAUGGAGAUGGCCUCCAAGUCUAUGAGGGUGACAUGGGACAUUUCCUUUGGAGAUGUCUCGGGUUACAAGCUCCAGCUGAUCCCCAUGAUGGCCGGUAGCAAGCGCCAGGAGCUGUACGUAGGCGCCAGCCAGACCUCAGUGAUGGUUACGGGCCUGUCUCCAGACACAGAGUACCAGAUCAGCCUGUUUGCCCUCAAGGGCCUGACCCCCAGUGAGCCCAUCAUGACCAUGGAGAAGACUGAGCCAGUCAAGGUGUCCCUUGAAUGUUCUCUUGGAGUAGACGUGCAAGCUGACGUUGUCAUUCUGGUCGACGGCUCAUACAGUAUCGGACUGUCCAACUUCGCUAAAGUCAGAGCUUUCCUGGAGGUGCUGGUGAACUCCUUUGACAUCGGACAGGACAAGAUUCAGAUCAGCUUGGUUCAGUACAGCAGGGACGCUCACACUGAGUUCUACCUGAACACCCACCACGAGAUGAGCGCUGUGGUCCAUGCCGUCCGGACGUUCCCCUACCGUGGCGGUUCCACCAACACCGGAAGGGCCAUGACCUAUGUCAGGGAGAAGAUCUUCUUGACCAACCGAGGAUCGCGGCCAAACGUUCCCCGCGUCACUAUCCUCAUCACAGACGGGAAGUCGUCCGACUCCUUCAAGGACCCGGCCACCAAGCUGAAGAAAGCAGACGUGGAGAUCUUUGCCGUGGGCGUGAAGGACGCUGUGAGGUCUGAACUGGAAGCCAUUGCUACCGAGCCUGUGGAGACCCAUGUGUACACCGUGGAGGACUUUGACGCCUUCCAGAGGAUCUCCAAAGAGCUCACCCAGUCCAUCUGCCUGAGGAUUGAGCAGGAGCUCCUCAACAUCAAGAAGAAAAGCUUACUCCCACCGAGGUCGUUAACUUUCUCUGAGGUGGCCGCCAGGAGCUUCAGAGCCACUUGGGAGACCGAUGCCCUCAAUGUCCUGUCCUACCUGAUCCAGUUCAGACCUGCUGCUGACGUCGACGGGGACUUUGUGUCCAUGUCCUUGCCCGGGGACACGCUCACCACUCUGCUGCCUCACCUCACGCCCCUCACCCACUACGAGGUCAACGUCUUUGCCCAGUACACCGAAGGAGACAGCUUCCCUCUGAAUGGAUUCGAGACCACACUAGAUGAACAYGGACCAGUGCGUAACCUGAGGGUUUCAGAGGAAACGACAGACAGUUUCCGGGUGUCGUGGGCGGCAGCGCCAGGGGCGGUGGUACGGUACCGUCUAACCUAUGUACCAGUCAGGGGUGACAGCACAAGAUUAGAGACAGCCACCGUCGGCGAUGAGACCACCAUCGUGCUGCCAGAGCUCUUCCCCUUGACAACGUACCGCGUCAUGGUGGCUGCAGAGUACCAGUCAGGCACUGGUGCUGAGAUGAAGAUCGAUGGCACCACCAAAGAAGCGCUGGGAUCUCCACGUGACCUGCAGGUCUUUGACGAGACGGUGUCCACCAUGAAGCUUUCGUGGGCGGCGGCACCGGGCCGCGUCCUCCAGUACCGUAUCAAUUUCCGUCCGUCGGCGGGUGGCGAGAGGAAGGAGGUGUGGGUGAAGGGAGGGAACACCAACACCCUUCUGAAGAACCUGCAGCCUGGCACUGAGUACGAUUUGGUGGUCAGCGCACGCUACUCCUCUGGCCUAGGAGACCCUCUGGAGGGGAAAGGAACCACACUGGAAGAACUGGGUUCCCCCAAGGACCUUGUCACCAGCGACGUAACGGACACCAGCUUUGCUGCGUCUUGGACGGCUGCCCCUGGAAACGUGAAGAUGUACAGGAUCCGCUGGAAGUCGUUGUACAGUGACGAGUCAGGGGAGAAGACGGUCCCUGGAGAUGUCACCAACACUGUCCUGGAUGGUCUGACACCUGAGACCCUCUACCAGGUGUCUGUCGUGGCCUCCUACGGCAGAGGAGACGGGGACCCACUGACUGGACAGGAGACCACCGAUGUGUCUGCUGCUGCAAAGGCUCUGACUGUGUCCGAUGAGACCGAGCGAAGCAUGAAGAUAACGUGGAUGGCGGCACCGGGGAAAGUCAUCAACUACCGAGUGACAUACGUACCCACCGAUGGCGGCAAAGAGAUGUUCGCCAAGGUUCCUGGCACCUCCACCUCCACUGUGCUGAAGCGACUGACGCCCGUGACCACUUAUGACAUCACGGUGCACCCCAUCUACAAGCGGGGAGAAGGAAAAGCAAGGCAAGGAGUAGGAACGACACUGUCACCUUACAAAGCUCCCAGAAACCUGAAGACCUCAGACCCUGGCAAGACCAGCUUCAGAGUCUCCUGGGAUGCAGCCCCUGGAGAUGUGCGUGGCUACAAGGUCACAUUCCACCCCAGUGGCAAUGAUAUCGACCUGGGAGAGCUGCUGGUUGGGCCCUAUGACAACACUGUGGUGUUAGAGGAGCUCAGGGCCGGAACCAAGUACUCUGUAGCAGUGUUUGGAAUGUUUGAUGGAGGCCAUUCUGCUGCACUGGCUGGAGAGGAGAAGACUACCCUCUCUGAUGCACCCGAUGUCCCAUUGGAACCUUGGAACGAAGCCAAGUGUAAGAGCCAGGCCAAGGCUGACAUCAUCCUGCUGGUCGAUGGCUCAUGGAGUAUUGGCCGUCUGAACUUCAAAACCAUCCGCGCCUUCAUCGCUCGCAUCGUUGGUGUCUUUGACAUCGGCCCUGAUAGAGUCAUGAUCGGUAUGGUUCAGUACAGUGGAGACCCCAAGACUGAGUGGCAUUUGAAUGCCCACUCAACCCGGGAUGGUCUGCUCAAAGCUGUGGCUGACCUGCCCUACAAAGGGGGAAACACCAUGACAGGUAUGGCCUUGAACUAUAUCCUCACGAACAACUUCAAGUCCAACGUGGGACUGCGUAAGGACUCGCGCAAGAUCGGUGUGCUCAUCACUGACGGCAAGUCGCAGGACGAGAUCAUCACCAACUCCCAGGUGCUCAGGGAUGAGAACAUCGAGCUCUACGCCAUCGGUGUGAAGAACGCUGAUGAGAAUGAGUUAAGAUCCAUUGCCUCCGACCCAGAUGAGAUUCACAUGUACAAUGUGAAUGAUUUCUCCUUCCUGCUGGACAUAGUGGAUGAGCUCACCAUCAACCUCUGUAACAGUGUGAAGGGUCCAGGGGGCCUGGACCCGCCCACUAACCUGGUGACCUCCGAGGUAACCCACCACUCAUUCCGUGCUACCUGGACCGGGCCUGAAGGUCCUGUGGAAAAAUUCCGCAUCGACUACAUGCCCGUGGUGGGAGGAAUCACCGAACAGAUGAUUGUCGAUGGGACGGUCACCACUGUGGUCCUGACCAAGCUGACCCCUCUGACUGAGUAUGCGAUCAACGUCUUCUCUGUGACCGGAGGGGAGACCAGCGAAGAGCCACUGAAGGGCACUGAAACCACCUUGCCACUACCCGGGGUGAUCAAGUUGACUGUGUACGACGAGACCAUGACCACCUUUAAGGUGAAGUGGGAGAAGGCUGAAGGGGCGACAGGCUAUAUGCUGCUCUACCGUGCCAUCAAUGCCACUGUGCCCACUGUGGAGAAAGAGGUACGAGUUGGGGCAGAUGUGAAUGAUGUUCAGCUGAAGGAGCUUAUCACCGACACAGCGUAUACACUCACCCUGUUCGCCCUACAUGGAGUGGCAGCCAGCAACCCCCUCAUAGACCAAGGAGUCACCUUGCCCUUGCCACCAUCGGGUAAUCUGAGGAUCACUGGUGUCACCCAUAGCACCAUGAAGCUCAGAUGGGACGCCUCCCCGGGGAAAGUCCUCAAGUACAUCAUCACCUACAAGCCAGAUGAAGGAGAGCUCAAAGAGGUUGAAGUCAAUGGUGAUAUAACAUUCCUGCCUCUUACCAACCUCAUCUCUCAAUCUGAGUACGACGUUGCUGUCACCCCAGUUUACGACGAAGGCGUUGGAAACUCGAUGCUUGGACAAGCCAUUACAGAUGUUGUUCCUGCCCCGCAGAAUCUGAAGUUGUCCGAGGUGACCCAGACCUCGUUCAGGGCCACCUGGGAACACGGGGCCCCUGACGUGGCCCUCUACCGAAUUGGCUGGACCAAGAAGGGAGAGAACAACUUCCAAUAUUCUAUCCUGAACAGUGAUGAAACGUCCCAUAAUCUGGAGAACCUGGACCCGGACACCCUGUAUGAUGUCACCGUCACGGCCAUCUACCCAGACGAGUCAGAGAGUGAGGACCUGAUUGGCAGCCAGCGCACAUUGUUAAAGAUGACCACACCCGCUCCCACUGGACCUCCGCAGAACUUGCAGGUGUUCAACGCGACCACGGUCACUCUGACAGUGAAGUGGGACCACGCCCCAGGCCCCGUCCAGAACUAUAAGAUCUCCUUCCAAACUGUGGCAGGAGGCAAAGCUCUCUCAACCCAGGUAGGAGGGAAGAAGAACAGUGUCGUCCUCCAGAAGCUAACGCCUGACACUCCCUACUCUGUCACCGUGGCUGCCAUUUACCCCAGCGGAGAGGCCAAAGACAUCUCAGGCCGAGGAAAGACCAAGCCCCUGGGCUUCGUGAAGAACCUGCAGGUCAUUGAACCCACCACCAGCACCCUGAACGUGCGCUGGGACGCAGCUGAGGGGAACGUGCGCGAGUACAUCGUCGUCUACAUCCCAACUGCAGGCGGGGAGCAGGAAGUGGACCAGGUGUCUGGAACAACGACCACCACUGUUCUGAAGGAACUGAAUCCAGACACGGAAUACACUGUGACAGUUGUGCCUGUCUACCAUGAGAUGGAGGGUCUCUCUAGGUCUCAGAAUGGAAAGACAAAUCCUUUGGGUGGAGUGAAGAACAUGAAGGUAAUCGACCCCACCAUCAACAGUUUGUCUGUUCGCUGGGACCCGGCUGUCGGUAACGUGCGCAACUACAAGGUCUUCUACGUGGCCCAGCCAGAUGGGAAGGAGCAAAUGGAGCAAGUCUCUGGAGGCACCACCAACCUUGUCCUGCAUAAUCUGGAAUCCGAUACCCAGUACAACGUGUCUGUUGUCCCAGUCUACCCAGACGUGGACGGCAUAAUGCAGUCUGAGAUGGGAAAAACAAAGCCUCUGGGUGGAGUGAAGAACCUGCAGGUGACUGACCCCACCACCAACUCCUUGAGGGUACGCUGGGAGCCAGCUGAGGGGGAUGUGCGCCAGUACACUGUCAUCUACGCCCCGCUAGCAGGAGGGCCUGAACUCACGACCACAGUUUCUGGGAUGUCAACCAACACCGUUCUCAGGAACCUUGUGCCAGACACAGAGUACAAAGUGACAUUGGUGCCUAUGUAUGGCGAUAUUGAAGGGAAGAGAACUUCUGAAAAUGGAAAGACAAAGGCAUUGGGUGGGGUGAAGAACCUGCAGGUCACAGACCCGACUACUAGCUCCUUGAAGGUGCGCUGGGAGCCAGCGGAGGGCAACGUGCGCCAGUACCGUCUCUUCUACGUCCCUGCCUCUGGCGGAGUCGAGGACAUGGAGCAAGUGUCUGGUGGCACCACCUCUACUGUCCUGAGGAACCUUCUCUCAGACACGCCCUACACCAUCACCGUGGUCCCCGUCUACCCCGAGGGAGAGGGCCUGCGCCAGUCUGAGACUGGAAAGACACUUCCACGCACCCCUCCUAAGAACGUCCAGGUGUACAACCCUACCACCAACAGCCUGAACGUGCGCUGGGAGCCCGCCUCUGGCCAGGUGCAGCAGUACCGUGUCAUCUACACACCUCUGUCCGGAGAAAGACCUGCGGAGACGGUCUUGGUCCCGGGGAACAUCAACAACGCGUUCUUGGAUUCGCUCAUUCCCGACACGCCGUACUCGGUCAGCGUCCUGGCUCUGUACGCCGACGGGGAGGGACCACCGGUGAAGGGAGACGGCAAAACACUGCCCCGUGCUAGACCUAGGAACCUGCGGGUGUUUGAUGCCACCACCAACACUCUGACCAUCGGCUGGGACCACGCUGAGGGACCCGUGCAGCAGUACAAGAUAGCCUACGCCCCCACCACAGGAGACCCCAUCACUGAGUUUACCGUUGUCCCUGGCAACAGGAACAAUGCCAUCCUGCAGAACCUGCUUCCUGACACUCCCUACAACAUCACUGUGGAAGCCAUCUAUGCUGACGGAGCAGGGGGAUCGCUGAACGGGCCCGGACGCACAGUUGGCCUGCUGGAGCCCAGGAACCUGCGCGUCUCCGAUGAGUGGUACACUCGCUUCCGUGUUGCCUGGGACCCUUCGCCGUCUCCGGUGCUCGGAUACAAGCUGGUCUACACACCUGCGGGUGAGAUGACGUCCGACUCUGGGCCACGUGCAUGCAAUCAUGAGCAGGGACCCAUAACACGCUCGGAAAUAAAAGUUACAGCACUUCACAAUGUCACGUUUUGUCAUACCGGGUUUUACUCGUCAAAGGUCCCAGUGCAAAGCCAAAGUUUCACAGCAAUGACUAAUGUUGCUGUUAUUAAGACCUACAACGUUGGCUUCGACAAGUUCUGCAUCAAGUGGAGUCCUCACAGGGCUGCCACUUCCUACAGGAUCAAGCUCAACCCUCUGGACCCCUCCAGUAAAGGUCAGCAGGAGAUCACCAUCACUGCAGCUCAGAGCCAGUACUGCUUCAAGGGGCUCUCCCCUGACGCUCUUUACAGCGCCACCGUGUUCGUUCAGACCCCUAACCUCGAGGGCCCUGGAGUCAGCACCAAAGAGAGAACAUUGGUCAAACCUACUGAAGCCCCAACGCUACCCCCCACUCCUCCACCACCACCUACCAUUCCUCCUGCAUGGGCAGUGUGCAAAGGUGCCAAGGCAGAUGUGGUGUUCCUUAUUGACGGCUCGUGGAGUAUUGGAGAAGACAGUUUCCGGAAAGUGGUGCAGUUCGUCUUCAGCAUGAUUGGAGCCUUCGACGUCAUCGGAUCGACAGGAAUGCAGGUGUCGUUUGUGCAGUACAGCGACGAAGCAAAGACAGAGUUCAGGCUGAACUCUUACUCGGACAAGGGCAACGCUCUCGCUGCUCUACAGCUGAUCCAGUACCGAGGAGGAAACACUAAGACCGGCGCUGCUUUGAUGCAUGUCAAGGAGAAGGUGUUCGCCCCAGAAAAUGGAAUGAGGAGGAAUGUCCCCAAGGUUGUGGUAGCUGUCACAGACGGUCGCUCUCAGGAUGAGGUGAAGAAAAACGCUGCCACACUGCAGCAUGCUGGUUACAGUGUGUUUGUGGUUGGUGUUGCCGAUGUGGAUUUUGCUGAGUUGCAGAACAUUGGCAGCAAGCCAAGCGACAGACACAUCUUUGUUGUGGACGACUUUGACGCCUUUGCAACUAUCCAAGACAACCUUGUGACCUUCAUUUGCGAAACAGCGACGUCAUCUUGUCCCCUGAUCUACCUGAAUGGAUUCACAUCACCUGGCUUCAGGAUGCUGGAGGCGUUCAACCUGACAGAGAAGACCUAUGGCUAUAUCAAGGGAGUGUCUAUGGAACCUGGUUCCUUCAACAGCUACACAGCCUAUAGACUCCAUAAGAACUCCUUCCUGACCCAGCCCACCACGGAGAUCCACCCAGACGGACUACCUCACUCCUACACCAUCAUCAUGAUGUUCCGUCUCCUCCCGGACACACCCAACGAGGCCUUUGACAUCUGGCAGGUGUCCACCAAGGACGACAAGCCUGAAGUCGGGGUCACCAUUGAUCCUUCCAGCCAAACGAUUUCGUAUUAUAACAAGGAUACGAGGGGGGAGAUCCAGAGGGUCACUUUCGACAAUGACCAAGUGAAGAGAAUCUUCCAUGGAAGCUUCCACAAGCUCCACCUCCUUGUUUCCCCCACCAAAGUCAAGCUGAACCUCGACUGCCAAGAGGUGGCGGAGAAGGAGAUUAAGGAAGCUGGAAACACGUCCACGGAUGGCUAUCAAGUUCUUGGCAAAAUGUCCAAGUCCAUUGGCUCCAAGGGUGAAUCUGCAACUUUCCAGCUCCAGAUGUUCGAUAUAGUGUGCACCCUGGGCUGGACGAGCAGAGACAGAUGCUGUGACCUUCCGUCUAUGAGAGAAGAGUCCAAGUGCCCGUCCCUCCCCAACGCCUGCACAUGUACCUCGGAAAGCACAGGACCCCAGGGAACACAGGGGGCAGUGGGCGCACCCGGUAGCAAAGGUCCCCGGGGGGAAAGAGGAGAGACUGGCCCGGCUGGUCCAAUUGGACCGCGUGGAGAUACAGGAUUGCCAGGACCUAUGGGUCUGCCUGGCCCUCAAGGAUCUAGCGGGCUGUCUAUUCCAGGAGAAGCUGGCCGCCAAGGACCGAAAGGAGAAGCUGGUGAUUCUGGGCUACCUGGACAGAAAGGUCCACCUGGGAAAGCUGGGACCAUCGGCCCAAUCGGACCUGCUGGACCGAGGGGACCCCAAGGAAAGGAAGGACAGGCUGGAUCCAGAGGUCCAACAGGACCAAUGGGACCUCCUGGAUCUCCUGGAAUGCCUGGGGCUUCAGGAAAACCAGGAAAGCCUGGUGACACAGGUGUUUCGGGAGCCAAUGGUAUUAAAGGGGACAGAGGAGAGAGAGGCGACUUUGCUCCUCAGAACAUGAUGCGGUCCAUUGCCAGACAAGUGUGUGAGCAGAUAGUAAAUGGACAAAUGAGUAGAGUCAAUUCCAUGCUGAACCAGAUUCCCAGCGGUUACCGUAGUAGCAACAACCCAGGUCCCCCCGGUGCCCCUGGGCCCAGCGGUAACCAGGGUCCCCGUGGAGAGCCCGGACAGACAGGCAGGAAUGGAUUCCCAGGAAGUUCAGGACAACCUGGCCAGCAAGGAGAGAGAGGCCCUGCAGGAGAGAAGGGUGAUCGAGGGACAGCAGCAGUCGGACAGCGAGGACAAAGAGGACCACCUGGCCCAACAGGCGAAGCUCGGACCGGCCCUCCAGGCCCCGCAGGCUCCUCCGGGCCCCGCGGUCCUCCUGGGCGCCAAGGGUUCGCAGGUAUUAGGGGCCAACCUGGCACUCCUGGCUACUGUGACUCUUCCCAGUGCGUCAGCAUUCCGUACAAUGGACAAGGAUACCGAGACCCAUAUCCACCUGAGCCUGAAACCUACGUAGUCCCAAUACCCGAAGAAGAAGACGACUCACAAAACGAGCGUCGAAAGAGGUCACUAUCAAGAAUGGAAUCCAAAAGUAUAGGUUCAUAAAAAGGGGAUGUUCUUCUUUUUUUGUUCUUCUUGUUUUUUUGUUGUUGCUGUGUUCACAUAUGGUGUCAUUAAGGGCUAUGCACAUUUCACUAAAAAGGGGUUUGAUACCUCUAUAUUUGGAAGUACCUUAAAUCAUAUGUUGGGGGAGGGGGAAGCAAAAACAUGACAAUCUGUAAGCUUGCUGUCUUUUCCCUAUUGUGUCUUUUGCUUGUAACAUAUCUGCAUUAAGUGUUAUUGAAUUGCAGUGUUGGACAAUCCACUCUUCAUGACAAAACCAACAUUCAAAGGUAUUAAAGGAAAGCAAAUGUUUGUUCACACAGUGUUGGGGCAACCAACAAAAAAACGGCUCUUUUACGGUUCAUCCAAAAUUUCUGAUGAUCAAAAUGUUGUUUUAUUCCUAUUUUAUACUUUUGCUUUUUUUUCUCACUUGAAAGAUGGCCAUUUGUCCACCAUCUACCUACAGUUUUCAUCUUCAGUACUGCAGUUAAACAUGGCUUCCAUUUUGUAACUUCAGACAAAAUAUUUAUCCGUUUUCUUAUAUCAACUCACAGCUGAUUUUACCAAAAGGUGGAAUUGCAUGUCUGUGGUGUAUAUUUAGUAUGGUUUGUUAAUCAGAAUAUAGUUGUUGUCAUUUGUUGUUUUAUCAAUAUCGAAUGCAGUUGGAAUUUGUGUGCAAGACUAUGGAUAUGGUAUUGCUGCUUCAUGUUUUAACUGCAAAUUGUGAACUCCACAGCCUUAUUUUCUUAUUUAUUUCUGAAACACAAGAGGCAUUUUUCAAUAAAACUACUGAAAAUGUA